CCCAGCGACUUCCUCCUUUGUUACACAGCAAUACUGACACUCGCUAUUUACUUCCCCCGUCAGGGGCUGCGAUUGAGAGCAGAAAUCUCAUUCUUCAUUAUUUGGGAAUGCCCAUCUGAUCAGCUAUGGAUCAAGAGAAGCUGGCUCGCAAGUCUUCAUCUUCAUCAGCGGCAGAUAAACACAAAGAUUCAACCGGGACAAGUGAAAUCGACCCCAUAAAAUCAUCAGAAACAUCAUGGUUGGACAGUGUGCAUUUGUUGUCUUGCAGGUCACCAUCUAUGGAGCAGCAGGUCACUGAGAGUAUGAGCAUCAUCUCGGCCGACCAGGAGAAGCUGCUUCUCCUCAACAAGAACACGGAGCUUCGCAGAGUCAACAAAGAGUUAAUGAAACUGAAUGAGGAGUGGGACCAGAUGUAUCACAAUACCACCCUGGGGUUGCAGCAGCAGCUGGAAUGUUUGGAGCAGGAAAACACCACCCUCAAAGAGUUGAAUGGCAAACUGCUGUUGAGAGUCGAGAACCAACAGAGUGCAAAGGACUAUUACGAGCAGGCACUCAUGCAGGAGCUGAAGAAGAAUCAAGAACUACAAGAAUAUGUGAGGCUGCUGGAGCACCGAAAGAACCAGCUGCCUGUCCAAAAGGACAAGGUCCAGACAACGGUCCCCGACUUCUCCCCCACACCAUGUGGGGCCCCAUCAUCUUCUAGCCUGGAUGUGACACAGCAGGCCAUACGCCUGAACUUUCACUCUCAUCAAGAGGUGCGGGAUAUGAAAGACCAUCUCGAAGCACUGAAGUGUCAGACCGAGAUCUAUGAAGCAGAAUAUCAGACAGAGCACAACAAACACAAACACACACUGCAGGACAACCAAAGGUUGAGAAAAAAGAGGGAGGAGAUGCGCCAACAGGUGGACCUACUGCAAGAGCAGCUAAAAAUAUACGAAGAUGACUUUCAACGGGAGCGAUCGGAUAAGCAGAUGCUGCAGCGACUGCUGCUGAAAAAAACUGCACCCAAGGACCCAGUGCUGGUGCAUCGCUGCAAUAAUGAAUCGCAGCCACCAAGAGUCGACAAGCGGACACGGGCUGCAGCCAGAAUGAAUCACCAUCCGCUCUGUCCCAAGCAUCAAAAUUGAGGCCAAGACUGCACAAGGAGGAAAGCAUGCACCCAAAAAUUCAAAACAUAUUCAUUAUGCCUCAGAAAGUCCUGAUAAAAUACCGAACAUUAUGAUUCAAAACACAGGAUCAAAGCAACAUGUGUGUGUGUGUGUAUAUAUAUAUAUAUAUAUAUAUAUAUAUAUAUAUGUAUUAGAGCUGCCGAUUAAAAGAUUUAAUCUAAUUAAAAAAGGAACUGUCAUAAUUAACUCAAAUGAACUAAAAAAUUAAUCGUGAUUACUCACGCAUUUUUUAUCGUUUCCCUGAAUUUCCUUUUACCUUACCUCUCUGAGCUCAUCUCACCUCACACACCUGCCCGGCGCCUCGGGUCUGUGGACCAAACAUUAUUAGAAGUACCAAGAACUAAACUGAGGCUCAGAGGGGAUCAAGCCUUUUCUGUUGCUGGUCCCUCUCUCUGGAAUGAUCUCACACUGAACAUUCGGCAAGCCUCCUCGCUGCCCAUCUUCAAAGCCCUCCCCAAAACUCACUUGUAUUCUUUGGCAUUCGACUCAGCAUGACUUAGAUUUGUUCUUGGUCUUACUGUUUGGUGCUUUCUACCGCCUUUAUUACCGAUUUGUCUUACUGUUUAUUGUGCAUGUUAAAUUGCUCCACGUACAACACUUUGUAUGCAGCGAUGGCUGUUUGAAAGUGCUCCAUAAAUACUGUUGACUUGA